AUGUGCGCGGCAGAGGUGGAUCAGUACGUCGCGCAGAAAUACCUGCUCAAGCGGCGACUUGGGAAGGGGGCCUAUGGCAUAGUGUGGAAGGCAGUGGAUCGGAGAACUGGCGAGGUUGUGGCCAUCAAGAAAAUCUUUGAUGCCUUUAGAGAUGAGACUGAUGCCCAGAGAACAUUCCGGGAAAUCCUACUCCUCCAGGAGCUAGGGGACCAUCCCAACAUCAUCCGACUCCUCGACGUGAUCCGAGCAGAGAAUGACAGGGACAUCUACCUAGUGUUUGAGUCUAUGGACACUGACCUGAACACGGUCAUCCAAAAGGGCAAGUUGCUGGAGGACAUCCAUAAGCGGUAUAUCUUCUACCAGCUUCUGCUGGCCACUAAGUUCAUCCACUCAGGGAACGUCAUCCACCGUGACCAGAAGCCGUCCAAUGUUCUCCUGGAUGCUAAUUGCUCGGUGAAACUCUGUGAUUUCGGCCUCGCCCGCUCUCUCAGCCAGUUCCCAGAAGGGCCUGAGGUCCAGGCCCUGACGGAGUAUGUGGCCACACGCUGGUACCGGGCCCCGGAGGUGUUGCUGUCUUCCAGCUGGUACACCCCUGGGGUGGACAUGUGGAGUCUGGGCUGCAUCCUGGGAGAGAUGCUUCGGGGGAGACCCCUGUUCCCGGGCUCGUCCACGUUCCACCAGUUGGAGUUGAUCCUGAAGAGCAUCCCACUGCCUUCGGAGGAUGACUUCCUGGCUUUCGGCUCAAACUACAGCGCCUCGUUCCUGCGCAGCCUCGGGGCCCGGCCACGGCAGACGCUGGACGCCCUUCUGCCACCAGACACUCCCCCUGAGGCCCUGGACCUCCUCACACAGCUCUUGGUGUUUGCACCAAACAAGCGGCUCAGCGCGGCCCAAGCCUUGCAGCACCCCUACGUGCAAAGGUUCCGCUGCCCAGCCCGCGAGUGGACCCUGGAGGCAGACGUGCGACUCCCGUUGGAUGAAGGAGUGCGACUCUCCGCCCCCGAAUAUCGUAACCGUCUCUAUCAAGUGAUCCUGGAGCGGAGAGGCUACAAGCGCGACCAGAAACCCGAGGACCUGGAGGUUGCGCCGCCCCAGCCUAGAGCCGUCGCGCAGCUCCCCUCGAGGGCGACUGCGCAGCUCCCCGGAGCCAGGCCGCAGAGCAGCCCGAAUCACGACCCCUUACACGAUGUCCCCAACGGAGCCAAGAACAUUCCCAGGCAGAGGUCGGCUCCCCUGCCCCAGCCGCCGUCCCCAGGAGGUCUGGGGAGGUGGGGAAAGCCCCCCGGGGCGGCAGAGGAUAUCCCGUCGAUGAAGCCCCAGGUCAGGGGCGCGGGGUCCUCCCUGACCGCACAGGCCGCGGCCGAAGUGACCAAUCAGGCCCUGAUCCGGAGGGAGCGGCCCCCGGGCCGUGGGAUGCGGGCGGCCGGCAGCCGACAGGCCCGGCCUGAAGCCCGGCCCCAGCCCCGGCCCGGCCGGAGGAUGUUCUCCCUCUCUGCCUCGCAAGGGGCCCAGGGCGCUGCGAGGGCCGCGCUCGGGGGCUACUCCCAAGCCUACGGAACCGUCUGCCACUCAGCGCUGGGCCGCCUGCCCCUGCCCCCAGGACCCCUCGCUGCGGGACUCUCUUUUGUGGCCUCCCCGUCCUCCCCCCAGGGUCCCCACUGCCCUGUCGUGAACCCCUCCUUCCUAGGCCACAAGCCAGAUGAGAAGCCGAGUGGCUGUCUCUACUUAGGGCCCAGUGCCCAACACCUAGCACCCAGUGGAGGCCUUCUCCUUGGCUACCAUCACUGGGGUGGCCUGCAGAACAGGUGUGGGGUCAGCUUCCUGUCCUUUGUCCCCACCUUGCCUCCAGCUGCCCUGCUGGUCCCUGAGUAUGAGACCCCAUUGUGGUCCUGA